CCUAAUGCUUUGUUGGUUACAAUUAUGCUUUACUUUAUUUAAUUUACUCCUCGUGAAAAAAGUGAGCAGAAGCGUAGAACUUCUACCUUAUUAUUUAAACUGCUGGUUGCUUGCAAGCAAGAAACCGGGAGAGAGAAAAAGGAGAACCUUCUUUUCUCUCUGUUUUGUUGUUAUUCUUAUUUCAGACCUAAAAACCAAAAGCACCGAUUCUGCUUUCUAGAAUUACAUCAUCGUAUCAAGAAAACCUUGGAACUACACGAAAAUGGUGUCGGCGAACAAGGAGAUGGUCGUGUACUGCUUCGACACCCUCCUCGCUCACUACAACAGCACGGAAGCUCCUUCCCCUGCCUUCGAUCAGGCUCAACAUCCAUUGUUUGUUACAUGGAAGAAAGUGGUGAAUGGUGGAGAUCCUCGUCUUCGGGGUUGCAUCGGAACUCUGGAAGCACGCAGCUUGAUCAAUGGGCUCAAAGAUUAUGCACUGACCAGUGCCCUCAGGGACCGGAGAUUUCCACCCAUACAGGCUAAUGAGCUGCCGCUUUUGGAGUGUACAGUGUCUCUUCUUACUGACUAUGAAGCUGCUAACCAUUACCUUGACUGGGAGAUAGAAAAGCAUGGUAUAAUUAUUGAAUUUUCUGAUCCUGUCUAUAACACAAGGCGUAGUGCUACAUACCUGCCUGAAGUGGCUGCCAAUGAAGGUUGGACAAAAACAGAAGCCAUUGAUUCCUUGAUACGUAAAGCAGGGUACAAUGGUCCAAUAACCGAUGAACUUAGGAUGCAAAUACAACUAACCAGAUACCAAAGCACCUUAUUUACCAUGCACUAUAGUGAAUAUGUCUCCUAUGUGAAGGAGAGAAGAGGUGAAGCUCCUAUUCUUUCAGCUAAAUCACCCAACUAUUGAAUAUGCAACCUACCUUUCUUAAGGCUGCCUAAUUUCUUUACUAAAAGAAGAAUUCUGUUUCCAAAUGAAUUAAAAAAUAAAAACGAAAACCCACUUGCCUAGGGUUGGAAUCAAUUUAUUUGUCUAACCCGAACUACUGAAGUGAUUGGUGCAACUUUCUAUGCUCUUCAAAUUUGUGUGAUUUUGAAGAGACUAAGAACAUUGAACUCAGUUCCUGGGAAUGUCCACUACCACUGCAGUUUAUGAAACUGCUGCACUGUUGAACAUUUUUUAUGUCAAUCUUAUUGGUAACUGGAAUUUCAAUUUCUCCAAUGUUGACAAAUAUAUCAAUUUGUUUUCCUUACUGCAUUGUAAUAUUUUCUUUUUAGGCAAAUGCUAACUAGUGCCAUUAGAGCAUUGGUUUAACUAAAGGAGAAACUUUUUUAUUAGGAUGCGCAAAAUUACACUGCCAAUGACAUUUUUUACA